AUUCAUUUCUCUCACUCUCACUCUGCAUUCAUUUGUACACUUAUACAACACCACCCUAACACAUCCCACGUGGCUCAUAAUGUACACCAUGUUGUUCCCAGCAUCGUCUCAUUAAACAUUAAACAGGGUCUAUUGUUUUAUAUUUGGAUCCCAGUGCCUCUUUUUGGUGUCAUCAUCAUUCUAAUCUAACCAAUAUACUGCUUUGCUUUGCCACCCUUCCUCUCUCAAGGCCUCUCCAUCAAUCACUUAACAGCUGCCUCCCACUUCCCGUACAUGUUGUUUCUCUCCUUUGUGGGAAUUCACCGUGUGUAGAUGCUAACACAUUUUUAAGGAGCAUCCUUCGUUAUUGUUUUGAGUUCUAUGUGGAAAGUGCUUUAACUAACCCAGCUGGGAAGCCUUGUCGGUUGUGUAGUUACACAACUUCUUCGUUGAAACCAACUUGUGUGUGUCUAUUGAGGCCCUGAGCUAGGCAAAACUGUUCAUUUGUCCAAAUCACCUCACCACUCUACUCUUCCAUUGGUGGAUCUUUUUCCUCUUUAAGAGGAAAUCAUUGGUUUGAUUUUCAGCUUUGCUCAUCUCUCUGCCAAAUUCCUAGACUUGGACCCUUCUGAUAUACAACCCCUCGGUUACAAUGCUUUACGUCCUCAUAUCUUUUGUCUCCUUUCUCAUCCUUUCCAAGUCCUUCGCCAAUAAGCCUCUCUCGUCAGGGGAGAGUGGGACCAAAAUUGGGUCAACUGGGUUUUGGGGAUGCCUUUCAAGUUGGCUACUUUCUAGUCUCAGAAAAGGAAGCACAAGCACCCCUUGUAGUUUUUUUCGGGUUUCUCUUGCCCUGUCACUGAAAAAUAACAGUUUAGUGUCGAAGGUGGAGAAUGAGGAAGAGGAGGGGAAGGUUUCUCUCUUGGAUUUGCCUGAUUUACCACUGGAGUGUAUCCUUGGGCACCUUUCACCUGCUGAAUUAUGUAGUGUGGCAGCAGUGUGCACAUCUCUUAGGGAUUCAAGUAGAAGUGAUCAUUUAUGGAAGAAACACAUGGAAAGGAAAUGGGGCGAAGUGUUUGGUGAUGCUGCUUAUAGACAAUGGAAAUGUCAUGUAGCUUCCAAGACCAGAGAGAAGAUCUCAAACCAGAAAAAUCAGAAAGGAAUAUUUGCUUUCCUUCAUGGUGAUUUUCGCCCCUUGUUUUGGAUGAAAAUAAAAUCAGAAAAGGGAACACAGUCAAGUAGCUCAUUACCGGAAGAUUCAUUCAUGGCUCUGUAUCUUUCUCUUGAGAGUGGCAAGUUUUGGUUCCCAGCUCAAGUCUACAACCGCGAGAACGGUCAUGCUGGGUUCAUGCUCUCAUGUUAUGAUGCCCAACUUUGCUAUGACUCUCGAUCUGACACUUUUCUGGCAAGGUAUUCACCUCAUGGGAGAUGGACAACUGAGGAAAACAUAAGAUGGGACCGACUCAGAGUGCCACCAAUUGCCUCUUCUCCACAUGCUCUUCACAUCUCUGACUGUUUGGAUGACUUGAGACCUGGAGAUCACAUUGAGAUCCAGUGGAGAAGAAACAAAGAGUUCCCUUAUGGUUGGUGGUAUGGUGUUAUUGGUCAUUUGGAACAAUGUCAAGGGCAUGGGAACCAUUGCCAUUGUCACUAUAAUGAUAUGGUGAUUUUGGAGUUCACACAGUACAGUGCUGGAUCCAAAUGGAGACAAACCAUGAUAGAUAGGAAGCAUCAUAUAGAAAAAGGAAAUGAAAUAGAUGGCUUUUAUGGAGGAAUCAGGAAGCUGCAUAGCAAUGAAGAAAUUACAAGGUGGAAGAAACUCUGGCCAACCAAAACUGUGGUACAUGAUUGAUUCAUAACUUAGAAUUUUGUAAAUUAAGCGAUUACCCUUUCUAAAUUGUGAAGGAUUAGAUUGUCACAGAACGAUGUCAUUCCUAACAAUAGGUAUAAAGUUGGAAAGAAACAGUACAGUUACCCUUUCAGAGACUGUAACAAGUGUACCACGAUAUAAAACUUAGUGUAUGAAAACGAAGGCUGUUUUACA